AUGUCAUCUUCCGUCUUCGUCACAUGUAGUGGAGCUGAAUCACAGCAAAACAAGGCAUACAGAAACAUGACUCGUUAUAGUGGAAACCCACAGGUUGACGAAUAUCUACCCGCUAAACUAGAAUCCUCUGGAUCUGAUGCUGUAAACUUUGAUUCUCAGGAAUCUACAACACAUCGCAAUGCAAGUCCUUUUAUUCCAGAAUGGAAAGACAUGGAGACGUUUCGCCGGGAUGUACAGCUUCUCAACCACCAUGGUUUCAUCCACAAUGAACAAACCUUCACACCGAGGCUGACGUCUGAAAGUAUUGUUAUUCUCGUUCAGGUCCACAAUCGCCCGGAUCAGCUACAGAUGCUGAUUGACUCCUUUCGGAAAAUGAGAUAUAUCAACGAAACGUUAGUAAUAUUCAGCCAUGAUUUCUACUCCCGGUACGUUUUUAAUGUAAUAGCCAGGAUAAAUUUCUGUCCCUGUAUGCAGAUAUUUUACCCAUAUGCUAUUCAGGUAUAUAACAGCCGAUUUCCGGGUAAUGACCCUAACGACUGUCCGCGGAAUUUACAAAAGGACGAGGCCAGAAAACGGAAGUGUAACAAGGCUGAGUAUCAUGACUUUUACGGAUAUUACCGACAAGCCCCGUACUCGCAGACCAAACACCACUUUUUGUGGAAGCUUCAGUUCAUUUUCGAGAACUGUUCCUUGCUUAGAACUUUCGAAGGACUAAUAUUUCGAAUAGAAGAAGAUUACUAUUUGGCAGAGGAUACGAUAGACUACAUGAGAAAGCUGGAUCGGCAGGCUAGGAUUCAGUGUCCAGAGUAUAAAAUGUAUAUCAUGGGCGCAUACUCGGACUAUUCACGCCAAAAAGCUAAAGUCUACGGAGAAUAG